GGUGGCGGGGGCAGCGCGGUGGGCAGCGCCCCGGGCUCCCCGGGCUUCCCUGCGGAGGCGGGCAGUCUGCGUGAGCUGGCGACCAGCAGGAGCGCGCCCCUCGCAAAGAAUCCUGCCCAGCUUCCUUACGGCAAAGCCCUGUACAGCUAUGAGGGGAAAGAGCCCGGCGACCUCAAGUUCAGCAAGGGGGAUGUCAUCGUCCUGCGGCGCAGGGUGGACGAGCACUGGUUCCACGGGGAGCUGCGCGGCGCCCACGGCUUCCUGCCCGCCAGCUACGUGCAGUGCCUCCGGCCGCUGCCGCCGGCGCCUCCCCAGGGCAAAGCCCUGUAUGACUUUGAGAUGAAAGACCGAGACCAGGACCAGGACUGCCUGACCUUCACCAAGGAUGAAAUCCUGACUGUGAUCAGAAGAGUGGAUGACAACUGGGCAGAGGGAAUGCUGGGAGACAAGAUUGGAAUCUUCCCCCUCCUGUACGUGGAGCUCAACGACUCUGCCAAGCAGCUUAUUGAGAUGGACAAGCUCUGCCCAGCUGCUGUGUCUGGCUGCCAUGCCUCGUUGCCCUCUGACCCCAGCGCGGUGGCCAGUGCGGCCCCAGGUCCCACUUUAAGCAGCACAGGGGCAGUCAGUGCCUUUCAACAGCGUGUGGAUGGCAAGAAGAAUGCCAAGAAACGCCACUCCUUCACCGCGUUCAGCGUGACACACAGGUCCUCUCAGGCCGCCAGCCACAGGCAUUCCAUGGAAAUUAGUGCUCCGGUUCUGAUCAGCUCCAGUGACCCCCGGGCCGCAGCCAGGAUCGGGGACCUGGCUCAUCUGUCCUGCAGUGCUCCCGCCCAGGAUUCCUCUGCCGGAUCCGACCCAGCAGCUGAACAGCAGGGCGUGGCUCCCAAGGUCCAGCUGCCUCUCAACGUGUACCUGGCGCUCUACCCCUACAAGCCGCAGAAGAGUGACGAGCUGGAGCUGCGCAAGGGCGAGAUGUACCGCGUCCUUGAGAAGUGUCAGGACGGCUGGUUCAAGGGCACAUCCCUGAGGUCUGGGCUCUCUGGGGUGUUCCCAGGAAACUAUGUGACGCCUGCUUCCAGGGCGCCCUUAGGAGGGGCUGGGCCGCUCCGGAAUAAUGUGGUUGGAGGGUCUCCACUGGCAAAAGGAAUGGCCACAACCAUCCAGCCAGGCGGUGGAAGUCUGAGCAGCCCUGCCACUGCCAUGAGACCAGCCCUUCCCCUCACCGUGCCCCAGGCCCAGCACCAGGCAGCCUCUCCCCCUGUGGGCAGUUGUCUGUGGCACUCAGCUCUGCCAGCAGCCAGCCAAGCCCGGAGCACUCUCCCCACAGCUGCCCACUCCGCUGCUCAGGCUCAGGAUCGACCAACCGCCGCCGUGUCACCCCUGCGUACCCAGAACUCCCCAUCCCGCCUGCCCACCACCAGCCUCAGGCCCCACUCCAUGGUGUCCCCGCAGCACCUCCACCAGCCCCCAAUGCAGACCGUCCCUGGGGCCCAGUGCCCCCGGCCAGCCAUCCCACUCACGUCAGCAGCAUCGGCCAUCACGCCUCCCAACGUCACUGCCGCCAACCUCAACGGGGAGGCCGGAGUGGGGCCUGGCAGUGGCCUGUCUACGUCCAGCCCCACCAACAUGGGAUGCAAACUAGACGAGAAGAAAACUGAAAAGAAAGAGAAGAAGAGUGGGCUGCUGAAACUUCUAGCUGGGGCCUCUGCCAAGAAGAAGUCUCGCUCCCCACCGUCCAUCUCUCCCACCCACGACCCCCAGGCGGCAGUGGACACCUCACUCCAAGGCGCGAUGGGGCCCGAAGUGUCCUCACUAUCCCUCCAUGGCCGGGCAGGGUCCUGCCCCAUAGAGAGCGAGAUUCAGGGGGCGAUGGGAAUGGAACCACUGCACAGGAAGGCGGGCUCCUUGGACCUGAACUUCUCCUCCCCUUCCAGGCAAGCCCCUUUCUCCACAGCCGCCCGCCCCGAGCCCAAGCCGCUGCCCCGAGAGAGGUACCGGGUGGUGGUCUCGUACCCGCCGCAGAGCGAGGCGGAGAUAGAGCUGAAAGAAGGUGACGUCGUCUUUGUGCACAAGAAGCGGGAGGACGGCUGGUACAAGGGGACCCUGCAGAGGAACGGCCGCACGGGCCUCUUCCCAGGCAGCUUCGUCGAGAGCUUCUGAGGAUGAGCCCCCCACACCCGCUCACCAGGGAGACAGCCCGGCCCCCGAGGACUCGGGGCCCUUCCAGGGCCCCUGGUAGGGGGCACCGUGGCCUGGGGUGGGGGCCCAGGGGUGUGGAGGUCGUGCCUUCACCCCCAGCCCCUGGCCGAGAGCACACCCUGGGCUUGUUCCUGGACAGACGUCUGCCCCCCACCCCCCGCCCCCCGUGUGGACCGAGGAAGAUGCGUCUGCGGGGACACAGCCUCGCUGCUGGGACGCUGUGCGCGGCGGCUGCCUGCGCGGGGCUGCGGGCCGGGCGUUCGCGGGCCAUCUUCACAGGUUGGCUGGGCUGCAGGGGGUCCAGAUUGCUCCAUCGCCUCCUCUAUACCUCAGUCGCCUGCCACCUGCCUGGCCCUGGGAAAGCCGGGCCGCGCAGCUCCUGGGGGCUCCGGCAGCUCCUUCGGCUGGUCCCUCCAGCAUUAGGAACAACGCUUCUGUUGGCUGCCGCUGUCCCUUCAUCGCUUCUUUCUUACAUCUUUAUAAUGUAAAGCUAUGACUUUAUAUAUUUCUAAUCGGUCAUACAUUGCCUAUUUUUCAUACAUCUGGUGCUGCCUUUUUGUAAUGACUUGGUUGAGUUUGAAAGAAGAAAUGUCUGAGGAGACGUCAAAUGGGCAGAAUUUUUAUAUUUACUGUAUGAAUUUUGGAGAACUCUGGAAAAGCCCACGUUCUCAACACCACGGUGUCAGCGGCUGCUCCACGGGACAAGGGGGAGUCCAUUAGGGGGUUGGAGAGAGUUUGGAAAAAGCCAAUUUCUAUCAGCCCUUGCUCUGUCUAGACAGUGAUAAUUAUUAUUAUUCAGGAGCAGGAAGCAUUUCGGGGAAAAGUUGCUAUAGUUGCCUUUUGUGAGGCAGUAAGAAGGACAUGAAGGUCUACCCCGGCCUAAAAAAGUGCAAUUUCCCUUUCAUUGCUUUAGCAAGAGUGACUGCAAUUUGCUUAUCAAAAAUGACUUCUCGCUAUUAAAAUGUGCAGUUUUCACCACAGUUUAGAGGUAAACCUUCAGAGUUUACAAGACCUGGUGAGGUUCUGCAUUUUUUAAACACAUAAAUGCUCCCCUGUCAGGCAGUGCACACCUUGGUCUAGAGACUGGAGGUCCAUGAGGGUGACAGGAAUGAGUCCUCUCUGCAG